AUGCAGAUUGCCUGGUUAUUCGUUUUCCUAUUCAUAUAUAAAAUAGAAAAAAUAGCAAUGCCACAGCUUUUUGCUUCUUUAAAAAUUUAUAAUUUAGGAUAUGCAAAAUUAAAUCAAAUUGAAUGCAAUAAUUUAUCUGAAAAUAAGCGAGCUUUACUCUUGAUUUUAUCUUUAAAACUUUGAAUUUCUUUAAAUUUCUUUUUUUUUCCAAAUCGAGUUUAA